AAUAAAAUAACCCUGUUGACAGUGUAAAGCAAUGUUUCUCUCUGGGGUCAAGGCCAGAGCAAUGGACGCCUUAUCCCACUCAUCCUUUUCCUCUGAUAAAGCCCCGACCAGUGCUGAAAAGUCUUUCUUCCCCAGGCUUUUGUUUUUAAAGAAGGGGACAGAGGAAAACUGGAAUUAAGAGGAUUUUCCAGUCGGUGCCUGGUGGCUCAUUCAGAAGGAUGCCUCAGUUCCUGCUUCUCACCUGCCUCCUCAUCACAAUUACACCUGCAGCACCAAUGGCCCUAGAUCCUUGUUCUGCUUACAUCAGUCUGAAUGAGCCCUGGAGGAACACUGACCACCAAUUGGAUGAAUCUCAAGGUCCACCUCUAUGUGACAACCAUGUGGAUGGGGAGUGGUACCGCUUCACGGGCAUGGCGGGGGAUGCCAUGCCCACCUUUUGCAUACCAGAAAACCACUGUGGAACCCACGCACCUGUCUGGCUCAAUGGCAGCCACCCUCUAGAAGAUGAUGGCAUCGUGCAACGCCAGGCCUGUGCGAGCUUCAAUAGGAACUGCUGCCUCUGGAACACCACGGUGGAGGUCAAGGCUUGCCCUGGAGGCUACUACGUGUAUCGUCUGACCAAGCCCAGUGUCUGCUUUCAUGUCUACUGUGGCCAUUUUUAUGACAUCUGUGAUGAGGACUGCCACGGCAGCUGCUCGGAUACCAGCGAGUGCAGGUGCGCUCCAGGGACCGUGCUGGGCCCCGACAGGCAGACAUGCUUUGAUGAAAAUGAAUGUGAACAAAACAAUGGUGGCUGUAGUGAGAUCUGUGUAAACCUCAAAAAUUCAUAUCGCUGUGAGUGUGGGGCUGGCCGUGUGCUAAGAAGUGAUGGCAAGACUUGCGAAGACAUUGAAGGAUGCCACAACAGCAAUGGCGGCUGCAGCCAUUCUUGCCUUGUGACUGAGCAGGGCUAUCAGUGUGAAUGUCCGCGGGGCUUGGUGCUGUCUGAGGACAACCACACUUGCCAAGUCCCCGUGUUGUGCAAGACCAACACCAUCGAAGUGAGCGUCCCCAGGGACCUGGUGGGCGGGCUGGAGCUCUUCCUGACCAACACCUCCUGCCGAGGAGUGUCCAAUGGCACCCACGUCAACAUCCUCUUUUCCCUCAAGACGUGUGGCACCGUGGUCAAUGUGGUAAAUGACAAGAUUGUGGCCAGCAACCUUGUGACAGGUCUACCCAAGCAGACCCCAGGGAGCAGCGGGGACAUCAUCAUCCGAACCAGCAAACUGCUGAUCCCUGUGACCUGCGAGUUCCCGCGCCUGUACACCAUUUCCGAAGGAUACGUUCCCAACCUUCGAAACGCCCCGCUGGAAAUCAUGGGCCGCAGUCACGGCAUCUUCCCGUUCACUCUGGAGAUCUUCAAGGACCACGAUUUUGAAGAGCCUUACCGGGAAGCGUUGCCCACCCUCAAGCUUCGAGACUCCCUCUACUUUGGCAUUGAGCCCUUGGUGCACGUGAACGGCUUGGAAAGCUUGGUGGAGAGCUGUUUUGCCACCCCCACUUCCAAGAUCGACGAGAUCCUGAAGUAUUACCUUAUCCGGGAUGGCUGUGUUUCAGAUGACUCCGUGAAGCAGUACACAUCACGGGAUCACCUAGCAAAGCACUUCCAGGUCCCUGUCUUCAAGUUUGUGGGCAAAGACCACAGGGAAGUGUUCCUGCACUGCCGGGUCCUGGUCUGUGGCAGGCUGGAGGAGCGCUCCCGCUGUGCCCAGGGCUGCCACAGGAGAAUGCGGCGAGAGGCAGGAGGGGAGGACGCAGCUGGUCUGCAGAGCCAGAUGCUGACGGGCGGCCCAAUCAGCAUCGACUGGGAGGACUAGGACGGAACGCCCAGGCCUGGCUUCCGGCUGCCCGCCUGUUUGGAACUUCUCCCCAUGACCUCUGAGGACAUCAGUCAACACGCUAGAUCACUGCCCUUCUUUAAACAUCACGCUGUGGGUUAGACAGACUCGCAGGACUGACGCCCUCUGAUCUGGCCCAAAGGUCGGGAGAGGUCAGCUCACUGCGGGCCGACCUGACCCUGUUAGGGCUUCAUCCUCCCAAGGUCAAAAGCUAUGCUGUCCACACAGAAGGCAGCUCACCCUUUUCCCCCAUUUCUUUUCUACAAUAAAUCACCUUUUAUAGGAUGCAGUAAAAUCAGAAGUUGGGUAUGAUAUUUCAAAUUUAAGAACUUUAAAAAAUUAAAUAGUUGCUUGAAACUAUGACUUAAAUACCCAAUGAUUCCUUAGAUAUGUAAAUAAUUUUAUACCCUGAAAUUUCAAGUCAAAUACAGAAUAGUUACCGGGGAUUCAGAAGUUUAUCAAUAUAAGUGUGUACUAAAAAAUACUAUUUGGUUUUUCUCUUGCACAAUAUUUUCUUUUGACAUUU